CACAAUCCUUGUGCGCGUUUUUACAACAAGUAACAGAACCUCGGCUCGCACCACUACUUCCAACCACAGACAAUUAUACUUUACUGUUGGUUCAGCUUCAACCCUUAUCACGUUUUCGCUGGUAUUGACGUGGAAGUCUCGAGUAGUUAUACUGUCUCAAAGUUUGUAGGGAGUUGAGUGAGUGCGUACCGUUAACGUUAACGAGAACGGGGAGACGGACUCGAAUGUUUACGUCGCAGUGUUCUAGAACGCGAGGCCGAGUUCUGUCUCGAUGCCAGUGUGAGUGGAUUUUCGGUGUUCGGAGUCGAUCUCGGACUUUUUGAAAAAACGACAAAAAAAUCAAGCUGUAAUAUGAUGUGAUUGAUAAACUACGAUCUAAAGUUAUUUCCCACCGUAGGACAAAUGGAUCAACCAGAGGAGGAGCCGGAGCAGAUUGCCACAUGGUUCAGUGAGGAGGGACUCACUCUUGACUCCCCUAAGGAGGCUAAGCUGCAUUUGCUAUGGAGUGCCCUCCAGCGCACAAGAAGUUGUCUGAGCAGUGUGACAUGGGAACUGGACACCCAGCGCUCACAGCACUUAGCAGAGAUGGCGGAGGUACGCAAGUCCUUGGAGCAGAUCCGAAUCUUUACAGAGCACAAAGAUGUUUUGGCUCAGGAGAUACAAGACGAAAACGAUCAGCUCAAGGAGCAGCUGCGACGCCUAAUAUCCCUUCAAGAUGCCCAGAUAAGCGAGGUGGCUAAGAUGCUGUACCAGCAGGGUCUCACAGAGUUGAUUCACAGCAGCCCCAGUGAGCAGGUGGCCUAUCUCCUGGUGGAGAGAGCCUCCUUACUUGAGAUGAGUGAGGAUCCUAACAAUCUGAUGGGUGAUGGAAACACAGCCAGCCCGCUGGGGUCUGAAGCCCAGGCACUGAACAACAGUGCACACCAGUCUUCCCACAAGGGGGCACCACGUCACAGCCAGAGCCCAUGGAAGAGACUCUUUGGACUCCACAAAGCUUCACAGAGCAAACAUACUUUUAUUCCUGCUGAGGCCAGGCAUUUGGCUGGCCAGGCAAGCAGCAUGGAGAGGAAAUGUUCCCGUCUGGAGCGGGACCUGGAGGAGGGCUCCCGCCGACUGGCCAUGGCCCACAAUGAGAUCCGCCGUUUGACUGAUGAGCUGGAGUCUGCUCAUUUGACUCAAAGAGCUUAUGAGCCUGAACUGCAGGCAGCACAGCAGGAGGUGGAGCAGUUCAGACAGGAAGUACAAAAACUGAAGAAAUAUGACAUGGUGGAACUGCGAAAGGCCAAAGAGCUGAACGAUCGUCUGGACCUUGAGAUCAGAGCCUUGAGGAGCAGGGUACGCACUCUGGAUGCUGAGAAAAGCUUGAUGCAGCAAACAUCUCAAGCAGCAGAGCUGGCACAGAGUAACCAGACCUGCAGGAAUUUAGAGGAGGAAAUAACUGCUCAGACAAGAUGCUUUUUGGAAAAGAAUGAAACUGUGGCGUCUCUGCAGAGGGAGGUGGAGCGGCUGCAGUCAGCUCUGCAGGAGCAGCAGCAGCAGCAGCUCCUCACUGUGCAGGUUCAGGCCAACCAGGCUAAUGAGUUAGCUAAAUCCCAGGCAACUGAAGUGACUCAGAGCAAUGAGAUCUGCAGAGAUUUACAAAGUAAGCUCAGCGCUCAGUCCAGAUGCCUUUUGGAGGAGUCAGAAAUACGUUCCCUUAAGCAGCAGCUGGAUACCUCCCAUAAUGACCUGGAUAAGCCUAUAGCUACCACCUGCAGCAAAGAAAACAAUCUUCAGGAUCAAAAGCUGUGGAAGCAAAAAGAGGCAGAUUUGCAGCACUGUGAAAACACUCACUGUCAUCUGAAAGACGACAAAGAGCUACAGACACAACUACAGCUGCUGCAGAACAAGGAAAACACACUGCGUAAGGAGUGUCGUCAUUGCCAAGAGGCAGUUAAAACUCUGUUGACAACCCAAGAGGAGUGCGAAACACUCAAGAAGGAGAUCUGUGAAACCCUUAAAUGCCUUGACAAAGAGCGGAGUAAAUACCAUGAAAUGAAAGAAAAGCACAAGGCAAAACUAUGUCGAGCCAAACAGAAAUGUGAUGGAGAAACCACAUUGCGUGACAAGAAGAUAAAAACUCUAGAGCGAGAACUGUCCUUUUGUUCCCAUUCAGUAGCAAAGGAAAAAGAGCUUACCAUAAGCAUUACUGCGGAAAAUGAUAAACUACUUGUUGAGAGGAGAAGGCUGCUACAACAGCUAAAUGAGGAGGAGCACAACAAGAAAGACAGUAAUCUUACAGCUUCUUUGUCCCAAUGCAGGGUGGAUUUUCUAGAGAUGGAAAACAAGAAACUACGAAACAAAAUACUUAACAUGUCCAAACAGCUAGCUGUCCUGGAACGCGCCCUGCAAAACAUGCAGUCAUUCCAGUUUGCUGAGGUUCCGGGCACAGAACGGAAGAAAACAUCAAAUCUUAUGCAGGUUUUUAAAUCCCUCCCUGUGCAGACUUCAAGUGUGAUGAUGCCUGAGCCGUCUGAAAUUCAGGACUUAUUGGACAAUACUCAGAGCAAGCAGACAGCCGUGACCUACUACCCUCACUGUUUCAUCUCUGGGCCUCUGUCUCGAUCAGCAGAGAUGGCCUACCUGAAUCUUACAUCUGCUCCGGGACGCUCAGACCACUUGACUCCCCCGGCCGCCCUCAGCAGCUCAUAAAGUACAUGUUCCUGAGAUCUUCUGUCUGUCUGCAAUGUGUACUGUACAGAAAUCAUUUUUAUUUUUAAAUUAUUAAACUU